CAGCGGCUGUGAAAUUGGCUCCAACAAAAUGGCUGGGGUUUACUUGCGACAUUGCUCUGGGGGUAUGUCAUGACUCUCUUGACUAGAACUCCGUAGCUGUAGGGCUGUUGUGUUCGUGAGGUCAUCUAUGCCGGGGCUGUGAGUAGCUGGUGACGUCAGCUGCAUGGAGCCGGUGUGAUGGGAAGCAGGGGAGCGAUCUGUGACUGGCAGUACAGGCAUAAAUAGUGCAAGCUAAGGAUCUACAAACAUGGGUGGAAAAAAUAAGAAAAAUCGCCCCAGCAACGCUGCGGCUGUCCAGGGUGUGAUCGCUUCGGCCAACAAGUCCAAGGCUGCGGGGGAAGACACGGCAAAGAAGCAGGGUGCAAAACCUGCAAACGUGGCUGCGGCUGGCAGGGAACCCCGGAGCAAGCAAGGGCCUAAAACGUAUACUUUUGGUACUUCAGCCGACUCUUCGAUAAAUCAUGACAAGUCCGUGUUGAAGGUGGUUAUUGAGAACAAACUGGAGAAAAGAAUCAUUUCUCUCAUUAACGAGCACAAGAGGCUAAACUGUGACCAAGGAACAGUGUCUGGGAGACUGACUUCCAAGAAGUUACAGGAUCUGUACCUGGCUUUGCAGGAGUUGAGUUUUAAGUCCGAGCACAUAGAAGAAGCGAUGGCAAACACGGUCCUGUAUGGAGGGGAUCUGCAUUCGGCGCUCGAUUGGCUCUGCCUGAACCUGCCCGAUGAUGCUUUACCAGAAGGGUUCAGCCAGCAGUUUGAGGAGGAAGAGAAGAGAACCCGAGCAAAGUAUCAGCCUCCACCUCAGAGGCCGGAAUCCAAAAUAUCCAACAAUGGCAAACCUGAUGAAGAACCUACAGUAAAGAACAAUAAUAAGACAGAGCUGAGCAUGAAAGAGUGGAUUCUGCGCUAUGCAGAGCAAGGGAGCGAUGAUGAAGAGGAGGAAGGUGCGACCGAGGAAGAUGCUGAAGGAGACAAAUUUGAUCCUAAUGAGAGGUACCUGGAACUGACGGCCAAGUUGCUUGAUGUCAGAGCCGUGGCGGCCACCACCAAACAGGAGAAGAACAAGCUGGGACAGAGAGAGGCUCAGGAGAAGAUAAAGAGUUAUCAACAAGAAAUGAAGAGUUUGGAGGAGCACCCAAUGUUUAAUCCUGCAGUGAAGAUGACAGAAGCGACAUCUGAAAGUAAAAAGGCUCCUGCGCCUCGUACCGACGAUGAGCAUUUAAACUUCAACCUUUUUGAGACCUCUGGGGAUGCUUCAGCUCCGGAAGCUAAAGCUAAAAAGAAGCCACCUCUUGAUAUCCGGAACUUUGACUACACGUCUCGCAGCUGGACGGGGAAAUCCCCAAAGCAGUUUCUGAUUGAUUGGUGCCGUAAACACUACCCCAAGAGCCCAAACCCGUCCUUCGAGAAGGUACCUGUGGGCAAGUACUGGAGGAGCAGGGUUAAGAUUAUUAAAUCAAGUGAUGAUGUCAUGUCCGUGUGUCCCACCAUCGUGACAGAGGAUAGUAUGCAGGCACAACAUUUGGCUGCCACUCAAGCGCUGUACCAACUCACCAAAGGACAGUCCGUUCACAUGCUGCUGCCCCCCACAUACAGAGAAGUUUGGUUGGAGUGGAGCGAUGAAGAAAAAAGCAAAGUUGAGCAAAACAAAAUGGAGAGCAACAAACCAAGGGACCAGUUUAUUUCCAAACUGCUGAAUAAGCUGAAACUGCAACAGCAGCAGCAAAAGCCCCCCAAGGAAACCAAAGCGUUAGAGGAUCCAGAGGACUCCUGGGAAAACCUGGCUUCCGAGGACGAUGUAAACCAGACGGCCGCAGAUUGUUUGGGGGCUGAGAAUCUGGCGCCCAUCAGAAGCCUAUUCCUUAAAUCCCGGGAAUCAGGGAAGUAUCAGAGACUCCUGAGCGAAAGGCAGCAGCUUCCCGUGUUUGCGCACCGUGACCUGAUCCUGGAAACGUUAAACAGGCACCGGGUGAUUGUGGUGGCGGGGGAAACGGGCAGUGGGAAAAGUACCCAGGUCCCCCAAUUCCUGCUGGAGGAUUUGCUUCUGAACCAAUGGAGCUCUGGGAAAUGUAACAUUGUUUGCACCCAGCCACGGAGGAUCUCGGCCAUGAGUCUCGCCACCCGGGUCUGCGAGGAGCUCGGCUGCGACUCUGGCCCAGGAGGAAGGAACUCUCUGUGCGGCUAUCAGAUCCGGAUGGAGUCGAGAACGGGAGAGUUCACCCGGCUCUUGUACUGCACCACGGGGAUCCUACUGCGGAAGCUACAGGAGGACAGCCUUUUGCGAAACAUAACGCACAUCAUUGUGGAUGAGGUCCACGAAAGAACCGUCCAAUCGGAUUUCCUUCUCAUCAUCCUGCGCGAGAUCCUGCGGAAGCGCUCCGAUCUGCACCUGGUGCUGAUGAGCGCGACAGUGGACUCUGAGAAAUUCUCCAAAUAUUUCACUCACUGUCCCGUUAUAAGAAUUUCCGGAAGGACUUAUCCCGUUGAGGUUUUCCACUUAGAAGAAAUAGUUGAAGAAACCGGUUUCAUUCUGGAACAAGACUCUGAAUACUGUCAGAAAUUCCUGGAGGACGAUGAAGAGAUCACGCUCAGCAUUACCAGCAAAGGGGGGGCUACGAAAAAAUACCAGGAGUUCCUCCCAGGUCAGUCGGCUGCUGGGUCGGAUCUGAGCCCGUAUUACCAGAGGUUCAGCUCUCGGACGCGUCAUGCCGUUCUCUACAUGAACCCAAACAAAAUUAACCUGGACCUGAUCCUAGAACUUCUGGUUUUCUUGGAUAAAGGCCCCCAAUACAGAAACAUCGAAGGAGCUGUUCUGAUCUUCUUGCCUGGCCUGGCCGACAUACAGCAGCUGUAUGACCUGUUGUCUGGUGAUAAAAGGUUCAAUGACAGGAGGAGGUAUAAACUAAUAGCGCUUCACUCAAUCCUUUCCAGCCAGGAUCAGGCGGAAGCUUUCAUAUUACCUCCACGGGGAACCCGGAAGAUUGUAUUGGCAACAAAUAUUGCUGAAACUGGUAUUACCAUCCCAGACGUGGUAUUUGUCAUCGACGCCGGAAGAACAAAGGAAAACAGGUAUCAUGAGAGCAGUCAGAUGAGCUCCUUGGUCGAGACAUUUAUAAGCAAAGCAAGUGCCCUGCAGCGCCAAGGAAGAGCGGGCCGAGUCAGAGAUGGGUUCUGCUUCCGACUCUACACAAGGGAAAGAUUUGAGUGUUUUUUGGAUUACUCUGUCCCUGAAAUCCUGAGAGUUCCACUGGAAGAACUGUGUCUUCAUAUCAUGAAAUGUGACCUUGGAUCCCCCGAGGACUUCUUGGCUAAGGCGUUGGACCCCCCCCAGCUCCAAGUUAUAAGUAAUGCUAUGAACGUACUGAGGAAGAUCGGCGCUUGUGAGCCAACUCAACCCAAACUGACACCGCUUGGCCAACAUCUCGCUGCCUUGCCGGUCAAUGUGAAGAUUGGCAAAAUGCUAAUAUUUGGUGCUAUUUUCGGCUGCCUUGAACCAGUAGCAAUUCUGGCUGCCACGAUGACUGAAAAAUCACCGUUCAUUACGCCAAUUGGUAGAAAGGAUGAGGCAGAUUCGGCCAAAUCCUCCAUGGCCAUUGCAAACUCGGAUCACCUGACCAUCUUCAGCGCAUAUGUAGGAUGGAAGACGAUGCGGACAGAAGGGUACAACUCGGAAAUAAGUUACUGUAGGAAGAACUUUCUCAACAGAAAAGCAUUAUUAACGAUAGAGGAUGUAAAGCAAGAAUUGAUACGUCUGGUACGAGCAGCAGGGUUUGAACUCCCCAAAUCUGUAGCCCCAAAGGAGCAUUACUGUCUUGGGGCCAAGAAGACGUUAUCUGCUCAGGAAACCUCCCUCCUUAAGGCUGUUCUGACGGCCGGGCUCUAUGACAAUAUAGGAAAGAUCCUGUUCACGAAGUCCGUGGAUAUCACUGAGAGGUUUGCAUGUAUGGUGGAGACGGCACAAGGAAAAGCACAAGUCCAUCCAUCUUCCGUGAACCGAGACCUGCAAACAUAUGGCUGGCUUCUUUACCAAGAGAAGGUUAAGUAUUCUAAGAUUUUCCUGAAGGAAACUACAUUGGUUUCUCCCUUUCCGAUUCUUCUGUUUGGGGGAGACAUACAGGUCCAGCAUCGCGAGAGACUGUUAACCGUGGAUGACUGGGUCCAUUUCCAGGCUCCUGUAAAGAUCGCAGUGAUUUUUAAAGAGUUACGAGUCUUAAUUGAUUCCGUUUUAAAGAAGAAGCUUCAAAAUCCCAAAAUGUCACUUGAAGAUGAUGAGAUUUUAAACAUCAUUAAAGAACUAAUAAAAAAUGAACCGUAAGGAACAUAGGGCUCCAAAUCCAAAGGAUUGUUCUACAAGGAUUGUUCUACAAGCAUUUAGAUACCGUGGGGGUCCGGCUCUGCUCUGCGCACGCUUGGUGGGGUUUCACCUUGUCGCUGUUGCAGCAUUGAAGAGAUUGUCCCACUUUUUUUUAUCUGAAACUAUAAAAAGGAUUGUUGAAUAUUCAAUAAAUACACAGGGCCAUCCCA